UAGGAACAGGUUUGUUGGGUCAGGGGGCCUCCCGGGUAGAGGUUAGCUGUGGGCUCAGAGGAAUGACACAGCACGUUGUGUGAGUUUGGCACAGUCGGAGCACACAGCAUGGGCAGGCUGCAGGGAUGGGGCUGGGAGGUGUGUGCAGGUCAAGCCAGGUGGCAUUGAGCAGGGAGGGGGUGAGGUCAGGCUCUACAGCACCUGAUCAGUGCCCCAAUCACCGCAUCCUGGCCCACAGACGGGGAGAGCGUUUCCCUUCCCCUGGGUGGUUCUGCUCCUUGUGAAGCAGUUAAUGGUGCUGCAGGGACAUGAACUUUCUCUGUUUUGCGUUGAACUUCAUUGCCUUAAGCUCACUUAUUCUCGCUCUACACCUGGGAUCUGGACAGGAGAGCCGUUCCUUCCUGCUGCUUCUGUCCCUGCAGCUCAUCCCUCUGGGCAUGGGCAGCUGUGCGCCAGGCUCCGUGUGAGGUCUGAGUGUGGUGGCCGUGCCUUUGGCUGGAGCAGGGGGCACAGGGGCGGGACUGUGAGCACGUGAGUGAUUCUGGAGGCUGGGGCGGUGGUCUCAUGUCAGGGGCCUGGAGCCAGGGCGGGCCACUUGCUCUGUCGUCACACUUAGUCAUUUCGAUUUCCUUUUCCCGACUCCUUCCAUAACCACGAAGUCCAUGGACUUGAAGCUCUUAAUGCCUCUCGUGUUGAGGUGCCCUUGUUUUUGUUGGCGUUUCCUCCUUCGUGUCUGUCACCCGUAUCUGCCUACUGGUAUUGCGUGUCUUGGUGACUGCGUUUGUGUACGGUAGCUGAAUGCUCCUCUGUGCCUUAGUGUGUGUGUAUCUGAGGAGAGAGGUGGAGGGAUUCCUUCUUAGCACCAGAAUAGUGUUGUUCCCCGGGACUGAGGAGUGUAGGAUAUUUGCAGGGCAUGUCCGAAGGAUCACAGUGGUUCGCAAACCUGACUGCCUGUGGCCGGCACUUGGACGGCUCGCAGAACCUCCAUCGUGGCUUCAUUGCAGGGGUUGCAAUUCUGUGGGCAUCUCCAAAGCGGGCCUGAUCCAAUGGAACCCAUGCCUGCUGGGUUGCAAUCCAGGUGUGAGAGGGAAGGCCUUUGCAUUCCAGGUCUUGCAAAUUCCACCGGAUUUUUCCCCCCUUAGUUUCAAGAAGGGUUGAUUCUAUUAAUAGAUCAAGUAAAGAUUUCUUUAAAUUUGACUUUUUAGUAUUGAUUUGGUUCUUUCCCCCCUCCCCACAAAUUAUUCCGCAAAACUGUAGUUUCUAAUUGAAAAUCAUGUUACGCAUUUGAUGUUCUAAUUCAAACUGUGUUUUAAUGAUAAACACUACUAAAAAAGGCCUUGAAAAAAAUGUUGCUUCCUUUCUCCCCAAUCAGUUGUUUAUCAUUGGCAGAAUUAUACAAUUAGUUAUAGAUUUUUUUAAAAGCAACAGCAUAUUUGUCUUAUUUCCAAGAAAUCAAAUUUAAUCCAGGGGCUCAGAGCUUAGUAAAAGCAAAAGAAAUUUAGGCCUGAGGGUAAUUUUGGGGGAAAGGAUUGGAAAUGGAAAGGCUUUGAAUAAAGUGCCUCAGGCCCAUAUAAAUGUGCCAGUAUUGUACCAGGAAUAUAGCAAACACGAUUAGUAAAUAACUUGUCUUUCUGUAAGAUUUGCAUACCACCAAAGUAUAUAACACUGCUAUUUUGUUCCCCGUUUAGUAGAUAAUUUCUCCCAUUUAAAAUAGUCAGGAAUUUUCGAGAGCGACCCUUAAUCUACUGAUGCUCGGUGUGUGCAUACUGGGCUCCCUCCAUCCGGGGACUUUUGAUCCUGGCACAACCCAUAUGGGCAGCCCAUUACCAGAUGUAUGCCCAUCCUUCCAGAUGCUGGCCGGUGCCAGGUGCUGUGCUGGUUUUCACUCUAAGGCUGUUCCAUGGAGCAGACAUUGUGGGUGGUGGUACCUGGGGGCCCAGAGUGUUGCUUUGCUCCUGCAGCAGUUCCUGGGAGGGGCAGAGACGUAUGGAAGCUGCAGGUGGAAAUCUCAGAUCUUCAAGAAAUCGCAUGUCUUCGCUUUCUAGGUAUCAGCAAAAUUUUUGUUUGUUUUUUAGAUUUUCUUAUUUGAAAGGAAGAGUUAUGGGGUGAGAGGUUGGGGGAGAUAUCUUCCAUAUCUUUCAUCCACUUGUUCACUCCUUAAAUGGCUGCAAUGGCUGGAGCUGGGCCAAGCUGAAGCCAGGAGCCAGGAGCUUCUUCUAGGUCUCCCACAUGGGUGCAGGGGCCCAAGCUCUUGGGUAAUCUUCCACUGCUUUCCCAGGCACAUUAAUAGAGAGCUGGAUCAGAAGUGGAGUAACUGGGACAUGAACUCUCACCCAUAUGGGAUGCCGGCACUGCAGGCCACAGCUUAACCCAUUGUGCCUUAGCACCGACCCCUCAACAAAGUUUUUAAAAUUUCAAUCCUGAGCUUCUACCCCAGCAGGCUGGUAGGAAAUUCAUCCUGGGUCAUUUUUGGCCCACCCUGGCUUGGCUGGAGGCCCAAGGACUUACACAGAAUCUGGACUGUGGUGCUCAAUACCCAGUAGAUGACGGGACUGCCCACGGCCCAGCUCACGAGUGCUGCCCUAGCAGGUGCAGCUGGGGUCUCAGUUCUGGGGGAUUCUCCUGGAGUCAGCCCUUUCUCCUUCCUUCUUAUUCCUGUACAUGGCCUGGGGUUUUCGGAAACAAAUCUUAGAAACCGCUGCUCAAAUCCAGGAACCUGGCCCUUUCCAGGGCUGUUCGUCUGUUGGUAGUGUUAACAGUGCCAACUUCCACUCAUCAAAGGUCAUUCGGGGCAGAAGCAGCCGCCGGUGUCUGAUGCCGGAGCAAGGAGUUCUUCCCAGCCCAAUGUUCCUGGCUUUGAUUCUCCUCCUUGGCCUGCACCCCACAUCCACAUCGCCCCCUCCCUCAAUUUCCCAAGGGGUCUGCUCAGGCUCCCAGAGCCAGUUUUGAAGGCGCGUGCCCUUGUUUGAUUGCUGGUGUUCAUGGUUUUGUGGCCUUUCCGGAGCAUCUCAGCAUCCUUGGCACAUUUUUGGAGAAUAAUCUGCAUUAGAAAGCCGGGAUGCAGCCCCAGCGCCUCUCUCACUGGGGAACCUGAACCCUGCGGUGGCUUUUGUACACCCAGCCCCUAGAGCCUGAGUGACAGUGCCGCCAUCUGUGUGGAGCAGUGGGUCUGGCCGUGCCCCGUGCCCUCCGCAGCUGGCUGUGGGCUCUUCCCACUGGCUGGAGUUGCCCCAAGCUGGGUGGCAAGCAUCCUUCUCGCGUGGCCCGCAGGGAUGCUCGCUGUGCCUGGAGUCAGGUCACAGAGUCGGGUCCUCUGCCUGGAGCUCCCAGGCAUGUUUUCCUGGAGCAUUUCUUACAAACACUGCAGCCGGGGGAUGCCUUUCUGUCUGGAGCUGACUGGGACCCCUCUUCUCCUGCCACAGCCUUCUGUGCAAUGGGAACUGCAGGGCCCGUCUCCCACCUGCCAGCCUGCAGCCUCAGCUGUUCCGGGUUGGCUUAGAGCAUCUCCGAGGAAGACGCCUUCAGAUGGUGACUGGGAUGACCUGUGGGACCAGUUUGAUGAACGGCGGUACCUGAAUGCCAAAAAGUGGCGCGUUGGUGACGACCCCUAUAAGCUGCAUGCUUUCAACCAGCGGGAGAGCGAGCGGAUCCCCAGCAACCGUGUUGUCCCGGACACUCGCCAUAACAGAUGCGCACUGCUGGUGUAUUGCAAGGACCUCCCACCCACCAGCAUCAUCAUCACCUUUCACAACGAGGCCCGCUCCACCCUGCUCAGGACCGUCCGCAGCAUAUUGAACCGCACCCCUAUGCACCUGAUCCAGGAGAUCAUUCUAGUGGAUGACUUCAGCAGUGACCCUGAUGACUGCAACCAGCUCAUCAAGUUGCCCAAGGUGAAAUGCUUACGCAACAAUGAGCGGCAAGGUCUGGUCCGGUCCCGGAUCCGGGGCGCUGAUAUCGCCCAGGGUGCCACCCUGACUUUCCUGGACAGCCACUGUGAGGUGAACAAGGACUGGCUCCAGCCCCUGUUGCACAGGGUCAAAGAGGACUACACGCGGGUGGUGUGCCCCGUGAUCGACAUCAUCAACCUGGACACCUUCAACUACAUCGAGUCGGCCUCGGAGCUCAGAGGCGGAUUUGACUGGAGCCUCCACUUCCACUGGGAGCAGCUGUCCCCAGAGCAGAAGGCGCGGCGCCUGGACCCCACUGAGCCCAUUCGGACCCCGGUCAUAGCUGGAGGGCUCUUUGUGAUCGACAAAGCCUGGUUCGAUUACCUGGGGAAGUACGACACAGACAUGGACAUCUGGGGUGGUGAGAACUUCGAAAUCUCCUUCCGAGUGUGGAUGUGCAGGGGCAGCCUGGAGAUCAUCCCGUGCAGCCGAGUGGGGCAUGUCUUCCGGAAGAAGCACCCGUAUGCGUUCCCCAAUGGAAACACCAACACGUACAUAAAGAACACCAAGCGGACGGCGGAAGUGUGGAUGGAUGACUACAAACAGUACUACUAUGCCGCCCGGCCCUUCGCCCUGGAGAGGCCCUUUGGCAACAUACGGAGCAGAGUGAUGCUGAGGGCCAAUCUGCAAUGCCAGGACUUCAAGUGGUACCUGGAGAACGUCUACCCGGAGCUCAGGAUCCCCAAGGAUUCCUCCAUCCUGAAGGGCAGCAUCCGGCAGAGGCACAAGUGCUUGGCGUCUCAGAAGCAGAACAACCAAGGGAGCCCAAACUUGAAGCUGAGGCCCUGUGUCAAGUUCAAAGGCGAGGAAAGCAAGGCCCAGGUCUGGGCCUUUACCUACACACAGCAGAUCAUCCAGGAGGAGCUGUGCCUGUCAGUCGUCACUCUGUUCCCUGGCGCCCCUGUAAUCCUUGCCGUUUGCAAGAAUGGGGAUGAGAAACAGCAAUGGACCAAGUCAGGCUCCCACAUCGAGCACAUGGCGUCUCACCUCUGCCUCGACACGGACAUGUUUGGGGACAGCACGGAGGCCGGCACAGAGGUUGUCAUCAACCCGUGUGAGUCUUCACUCAUGAGCCAGCACUGGGACAUAGUGAGCUCUUGAGCUCCCUUGCCUGGGGCCAGCGUGGCCUGUGAGGUUGGCACUUUCCCCCGGCCACAGCAAACUGGAAACCAGGCUGCAGGCAGCCCCUGACUGCUGCCCACGCCCUGGACUGGGAGGCGGAGGCAGAGCCCCCCAGGACAGGUGCGGCUGUCUCAGGGAGGAUGGAGGAGGAGCUCGGAGGCCAGGGGGCUCCAAGACAAUCUCACACAUUCCCGGGGGCACGGAGUUCCUGGCCCCGUGUUCCUCUGCCUGGUCCCUGGAGACGGAUGCAAUGGGAAGUGUUCAUGGCUCCCUUUCUUCCAAAAGAGAGAAAGCCUUCCCUGUCACCAGGCAAGGACUGGGCUGGAGGUUGUUUUCAAAACAAAUAAAGUUACUUUUCGAAGUUGUC